CCAUCCCUCUGGGACUUUGCUUAUAAGUCAGUUGUUCCCUGCAGUCAGUUCAUCUACAGCGUUUCUGAACAGAGCCUGCCUCGGUACAAUUAAUUGUCGCACGCAAGCAGAAGGCAGCAUGUUCAGAGAGGCGUUCCUCGCUGCGGCGUUCUUGGCAUGGUGUCAUACAUUUUCAGUGCAGGGGAGUCCGAUUCUUCCUCGUCCUCUUGAUGUGUCCAUACACGCCAUAAUUGACGGCUCAUUUCCAGGAGUUGGAAGAGUGAAUGUGGAAGCUGCUCUGAACGGGGCUACACUGAAGUACGCUGGUGGAUUCCGGAAUGUAUAUAUAAGACUUGUACUCACGAACUUUACUACGGUUGAGGCAGGAAAACAGGAACACUUCAUGAAGCCACGAAAUGAUGGAUAUCUCGACGGAAAACAAACUCUGAAGAUCCUCGAAGAGCACGUAGAGGCCUUACAUAAGGAAGAGAAAGCUAAAACCGGCACAAGAGCAUAUACGAAGCACGUGGUCCUGCUUGCAACGGGGAGAGCGAUAUGUGCAUUGCCCGGUUACAAAGUUCCCUGUAAAGUCGUUGAGGGCAUAGCAGUGCCUCGGAGUCUGUGCACCAACGCUAGUGCUGCGAUUGUAACGUUUACCCCAGAUGUUCAAGAGCCUACUGAACGUGUUGCAAGAUACAUGGCACAGGUGAUGGGUGCAGAUACACAAGACAACUGUGAAUGCGGCCACAAAGAAGACAGCAUAUUUGAUCUACGCGUCGAAAACAACAUGAUCGCUUACUUAAGCACUAUUCAUUGGGAUUGCCUCUCUCGACAUAAAAAUCCGAAAUAUUUCCUGACACCGGGAUCGCUUUUCCAUGAAGCAAGUUUCUGUGAAGCUAUAUUACACGGCAGAUCAGACGUCAGCUACUGCGGGAGCGAUGACGACCUAAACCACUGCCAGCUGCGUUGCUGCUCACCAGGCAACGUCUUGACUGAAGUGUUCACCGCUCCAGAUGGGACUCCGUGUGACUCGUCCAAGCAUGCUUUACACCUGCCAGGGAGUGCUAGUUGGAGCAACUCGACUGACUUUCUGAAUGCAAGGCUCUGCUAUAGAGGAAGGUGCACGGCAAAAGCGGCUGACUUGCAGUACAUACUCAAGUCCGAUAAGGAGGACUUUGAUUGGUGAAUUUCUGCGAAUUAUGGGUUUCCUGAAUAAUAUCUAGGCUUUCGCUAUAGCGUGCUGCACUCUAUAUACAUCCAAAUCCUGUGAAACACAGUUAGCGAGAAAUAGCACAUGACAAUCUUCAUGGCCAUGACAUCCCUGCACGCCAGAUGGUCGCGCUGGUUUUGUAUUUCGCCAAAGCGUACAUGAAGGGUUCCUCAUUUUCGGAUUUUACCUAAGCUAACACGCCUUAACCAGCAGUAAAGCAAUCGUAUAAGCAGUACGUGACUGUUAACAACGCAUCAUCCGCUCUAGCUCCACACUCUAAGGAAAAAUAAUUAGUAAUUUUGCUCCUUUUGGGUCUCAAUGCAUUGCCACGAAAAAUAGUCCCUUUCGGGAGUAAAUGAAUGUCACAGAGUGGAGAUUGCAUUUGACGUUCUGUUGUAAGAGUCCCAGGUGCACAAUUGAUGUGCAUGCAAGAAAAUACUUUGAGUCAAACGGUCAACCGUGAUAGAUCGAGUGAUAUAAGAAAAAUAAAUUGAAAUUGAAAAUGAAAUAUCAAAUCUUGCGAU